AAAUGGUAUUGGAAUUCGGAAUAAAAAAAUAACACUAUCAUUGGAUUAUCUGGUGCUUAUCUGACAUUACAUGAGAGAUUCAUUUACUAAGUUAAUACAGAGGUAAAUCCUUUUAGCAAAGUGGACUUACGCUCUAAUAGGAUGAAUUAGGUUUAGUGUUUUCAUUCAAUUGAAUAAAAACACUCUUUUGCCACAGGGCAGAAAGGUAGUAGAACAGUCUCUUCAUAAUAGCAUUAUUUGUGCUUGUUUUGAUGAGAAAAUAAUAUUUAUAUUUCGUAUUGUGCGAAUCCUGGUUGACAAAUAGUAGCAAACAUUUCGGCGUCAGAAGAGAUAUAGUGGUGCAGGAGGACAGAUGACUAACCAGAUAUAAGGCCGACUAACUUGUUUUUUCGAACAAUUUGUAUAACUUGUCAAUUCAUGUGCAAUAUGGCUGCUGCGACUGGAAAAGUUGCCAGUGUUUUAGUGCUCAUCUCGGCGUGUGUUAUUUCGUCAGCUCAGGAUGUAUUGAAGUAUUCCAUAUACGAGCAUCUGCCGGCGGGAGCCUUCGUCGGCGACGUUCGCGAGGACUCAAAGCUCAGAUCGACGGCGUCGGCGGAAGACUUCUCUCAAAUCGACUACAGCUUAUUGAAGCAGGGCAAAUUGUAUGAGAGCCUUUUUCGAGUGAACUCAGUGAAUGGAUCUAUGUUUACAGAAGCUGUGAUAGACAGGGAGAAUAUCUCGGAGUGCGUAUACGAAACUAAAUGUCUUCUUCCCAUCAGCAUUGUGGCGAAAUCCAAAAUCAGCGCCUUCUUCCGCACUUUAAAAGUGAACAUCACAGUAAUAGACAUCAACGACCACGCUCCGGGUUUUCCUGUAGACGUCACUUCGCUGAAAAUAUCGGAGGUGGCAAAUGUCGGUUCUUCCUUCGCCGUCGUUGGUGCCACUGACGCUGAUACCGGGAACUACAGCAUCCAGAGAUACUUCAUCAAAAAUGAGAACAGCCUCAAUUUGCCUUUUACCACCUCGUAUGAAACUUACGUCGACGGGACCUCCGUAGUGAAGCUUCAGAUCAAAGGUGACCUUGACCGAGAAUCACGGGACACGUACAGCGUGGUCAUUGUGGCGGAGGACGGCGGCGCUCCAAGUUUGACCGGAACCAUGACAGUGAACAUCCAAAUCGAUGACGUAAACGACAACGCCCCAGAGUUUACACGAAAGGAAUACUUUGCAACAGUGAAUGAAACACUUUCCAUCGGCAGUGAGAUCAUCAAGUUGUCGGCAACCGACGCCGACAUCGGUGUCAACAGUGAAAUCGCAUACCGGCUUAGUCGAAACCAGAUUGGUAAGAUACAGGAACAAUUUGAGCUGAACGCUAACACGGGCUCCUUGACUUUGAAGCAGAAAUUUUACAGCGGUGGCGAAUUCAAGAUUAUUGUGGAGGCAAGCGACAAAGGCACCCAGCCGCUUAUAUCACAAGCAGUCGUCACGGUUACAGUCGCGGACUCGCAUAACAAUCGCCCCAAGGCCACUGUCAACUUGUUCUCGAAGACGGACCUCGCAUCAGUCUCCGAGUUUGCAGACAUCGGGACUGUGGUUGCGCACAUAGCUAUAGAAGACAAGGACACCGGGGCAAACGGCGUGAUCGUCUGCGACAUAGCCAGCGACAACGGUACAUUCAAGCUGCAGAGUUAUGACGACAACGAAUACAAGGUGACGGUCGCUCAAGCUUUAGAUCGCGAGGAGACGGACUUAAUUUACGUUAUAGUGAUGUGCAACGACCUGGGGUCCCCACCGGAAACGGCGUCCGUGAAGUUUGGAGUUCAGGUUGUGGACGAGAAUGAUCACUCACCGGUGUUCGUGCAAGAUAUUUACUUCGUGGACAUCUUGGAAAACAACGCUAAAGAUAUAGACGUCGUCCACGUUUCGGCGAUUGACAAGGAUAUUGGAAACAACAGCCAGGUAUCGUACUCUCUUUGGGCGCCAGUCCCCUACCGCUUCACGAUGGACCCACUGUCGGGAGGCAUUCGUGCGCAGUCGGUAUUUGACAGGGAACGCGACUCCACUAUCACGUUUUAUGCCUAUGCUAAAGACAAUGGUCUAACUCCGAGAACCUCGACUGCAACCAUUCAAAUCAAUAUUUUAGAUGAAAAUGACAAUGAUCCUAAAUUCGACCGUCCAAUCUACGAAUUCAAGAUCAUGGAGAACGAACCUAUGGGAUCUAGAAUUGGAAACGUCUCGGUGAGUGAUGCAGAUGCCGAUCGACAUGGUCGCAUAGGUCUCUACAUCGACGCUGCACUUCCGUUCCAAAUUUCAAACAAAGGUGAAAUAACGACGAAGGAGCCACUCGACAGGGAAGCUAAGUCCACGUACAGCUUCCUCGUGAUGGCCUUCGACCACGGCGUCCCGUCCCGGAACACCUCCGUCAACAUGGUCAUCUUCGUCGGCGAUCAGAACGACAACUCUCCACGAUUCGUCUUCCCCGACAUAGCAAACUACACCGUAGAAGUCGACAGCGAAUCUCUACCGCGAUCAGUUAUCGCCAAAAUCAAAGCGUUUGAUCUUGACGACGGCAAGAAUAGCCAGUUGUUUUACUCCAUUGAAAAUUCACAAGUGAGCAAUCUGUUCGCCAUUGACGCUAACACGGGAGACUUGCUUCUCAUGCGUGCUCUCUUCGAGUCGGACCCGCAGAUUUUCAACCUUGGCCUCCGAGUGGAGGACAAGGGUAACCCUAGUCGUCACGCCACCACUUCGAUGAAUAUAUUCGUCGUUCGCAAAGAACGGGCAGCUCCGAUUACUGACACGAAAGGCGAAAACCUUCUGAUCGCUAUCACCGUAAGCGCCGUUACAUUUGUUCUCGUGUUUACCAUAAUAUUAGUGCUGUGCAUCCUCAGGCGACGCUGGAAUUCCAGGAGAAAUAAUUCCGGCUCUGAGAGCAAGUUUUGCGGAAAUGACAAGGAGGGGCGCCGAGUUACGUUUGCCGACAAAGUCGAUGCAAAGUCACCCAGUCCCGUACGCGAUUCAAGACUUCCUGCGCUUGAAUCCAUGACGACGUUCAGCUCCGACGGAAACGACAGCUCGGAUAUGACGUCAUCAACCGUGGAUCUGGAGACGCCGAUUCUUGAAAAACAAAUGAACAUUUCGAAAGAAAAGGCUUCCCCCGUAACGAGAUCUGACCUACUUCCGAGAAUCCCAGAAGCACGCGCCUUGCACCAUUCCACGCCUCGUUCUGAUGUCAACCAGCCUCAUUAUGACAAUAUACCUCUCUCCGAAUACCAGCUGUCUGCUCUCGAAAAACACAGCGCAGUUCUCAACUCUACUAUCAAGCCUCACGGAAGCAGCCGUCGCCAUGACGACAACCACUCGCAGACGUCUGCGGACACGAUCACGAGCGACAGUGGCCGCGGAGGCAGUGAGUCGGACAUCCAAAUCACCAGCCUCUCCCUGACAUUCGAUUCCGACAUAAAACACACAUCGGACACGCGUUUAACGACUGGUCCAAAGCAAAGCACUUUUCUUGAGCCACCAAAGGCUUGGCUAAAUUUAGCGGACCUUCGGUAUCACAACUGCCACAAACUGCCGGUCGCUCAGCAGCUCCAUGACGACCGGAAACACCGUCUUCAGCUGAGAAACCUUGGGGAGCGGAAGAGCAGCCGACCGGUGUACCCAUCCACAGAGAGAACACAUGGCGCGCUCAGAACUCAAAGUGACGGGAACAUAAACAAAAUGCGACUCCCAGUACUACCCCGUCAAACGGCGGUUCUUUCAACACAGGCCGCCGAUAUUGACCAAAGUUUUAUGACGUAUACCGAAGAAGACGACGACAUGUCGACUACCACUUCCGGGAGCUACACGAUUGACGAGGAGGAUAUCAGCCUCGAUUUGAGAUCUCCGAUUCCUAGAGUGGCGGGUCUCCGGAGCUGUAUAGUGUGAAACGUCGUCAUUACUUAAAGGGCUAAGGCAAGCCGGAUCGAGUCGACAGCCCCCCCCACCCCCAUAAGUGCCAUUUCCGGAACUAACAUGACGUGGUUGAAUUAGGACACGUGACGUGAAGGAUAUAAUGAGCUUUCGUGGUGACUUAUUAAGUCGGGACUCGAUCUAAUUGCGCCACAGCGAUCUAAGCGUGACGUCAAUUUCACUACCUAGUACACGUUAUGGAUGGCAUUAAACGAAUGUCCAGCUAAUUCGACCGAAAUGGGGCUAACUCGGUGCAAGUUCAGUGCUGUACUGUGCAAUACGUUUGUGAUUUGUCAGUGAUCUCGUUAUAGCUAUUGUUAUACAUGUACAUUCAAUAUAGACAACUAUGGAUUGUAAUUGGUGUACAGUAUUCGAUGUUCAUUGUGAAGUUAUUUAAAGGUUCACAAUUGUGUGCUUCUUUCGAAUUGCCUGUUCGUAAAUACUUCAGUAGAAUUUUUUACAUUAUUAUGCUGAAUGAUACGUUGUUAACCCAUUUAUGCCCAGUGGACUCUCCCAUCCUUCUAAAUUGGAUCAAUUUAUUACCAAAAUUAGGGGUGUCUAGUAUAUUAAUUUCUAUAUUUAGAAUAUUACUUACUGAAAUU